CUCCUGACCUUCCCUCGUAUUUGUCUUCUCCCUCUCCCUCUGCUUCUGUAUCUUUCGCAGUCCCACUUGCAACCCCCCUCAGAUAACACAAACCACACCCUCAAAGUUCCUUCUUUUUACUUUCUUUGCCACCAAAACCCUUACAAAACGGCUCUCUUAUAUAGUAGAAGUAGGGCUGCUAAGCUGGGGAGGUUUGCUGACGUUUUAGCUAUGGGAAUCACCUCCACCACCACUCAAAUCAGUCCUUUUAGACCAAUAUGCCCUUCUUAUUUCAAGUUAUCUCGCUCUUGUCCUUGCUUUGCCUCCAGGGAAGGUUCUUCUAGGCCUUUCUCUGUUGCCCUUCACAGGUUUUGGGGGAAAAUCCCUUUGCAAGUGAUUGAUGACAUGCAAAAGAGAGAUGAGAAGAGGAGGGUGGUUUCAAGAAAUUCUAAUGCGCCUCCUGGUCUUGAGUUCACUACGAUCCUUCGUGAUGGUACUAGAGCUUUAUGGAAACAGGAGAGUAAUGAACUGUUGAAGCAGAAAUGUGAAUAUGAUGGUAGUGUUUAUUCAUUUAAAUAUGAAAGGAUGGAUAUUAAUGCAAUACAAACACAAGAUAAACCUAAGAGUCAGAAACAACUAAUUUCCAGGAAUGUUGGUCAGCUGGUUGAUAACAAAAGGCCAAAUGGUUCAUCUUUGGAUGACAUUUUAAAAGAGAGUGCGUGGAAUAAUGGAUCAUUCAUGCAGAGAAUGGAGAAUGAAAAGCAGUUCCAGUCUAGUGAACUUGGACACACAGGUAUUGGUUCAAAUGAGCAAGUCCAGACCAAGGGAAGGCCUCACAAGCUAGACAUUCGUGAGAGGCUUACUAGUAUAUAUGAGAGUGUACUGGUUGUUGAUAAUGUCACUAUGGCAAAGGAGGUUGUUAGUAAGCUUACAAAUCAGUAUAGGCAUCUUAUCCAUGCUUGCGAUACUGAGGUUGCCAGAAUUGAUGUGAAAGAGGAAACACCCAUUGACCAUGGAGAGAUAACAUGUCUCAGUAUUUAUUGUGGACCAGAGGCAGAUUUUGGACACGGGAAAUCUUGUAUCUGGGUAGAUGUUCUUGAUGGUGGAGGCAGGGAUCUUUUGAAUGAAUUUGCUCUGUUUUUUGAAGACCCGGACAUAAAAAAGGUGUGGCACAACUACAGCUUUGAUAACCACGUCAUCGAGAACUACGGGUUUUCUGUUUCUGGUUUUCAUGCUGAUACAAUGCACAUGGCACGAUUAUGGGAUUCAUCAAGAAGAUUAAAGGGUGGGUAUUCUCUUGAAGCUCUUACAGGUGAUCAAAAAGUCAUGCGUGGGGCAGGAUCAUGCUAUAAAGAAUUGAUUGGUAAAGUGUCAAUGAAAACCAUCUUUGGCAAGAAAAAGUUGAAAAAAGAUGGAUCUGAAGGCAAAAUGACCAUCAUUGCCCCUGUUGAAGAGUUACAAAGAGAAGAGCGAGAACCGUGGAUUUGUUAUUCUGCUUUGGAUGCAAUAAGCACUUUGCAGCUUUAUAAGAGCAUGGAAAGCGAACUAUCUAAAAUGCCUUGGAAUUUGGAUGGAAAACGUGUUUUUCAAAAAUCUAUGUUUGACUUCUACCAGGAAUACUGGCAACCAUUUGGGGAGAUUCUAGUUAGAAUGGAAACCGAGGGCAUGCUGGUUGACCGGGCAUAUCUUGCUGAGGUGGAGAAGGUUGCCAAAGCAGAACAGGAGGUUGCUGCUAACAGAUUUCGUAAUUGGGCUUGUAAGUAUUGCCCUGAUGCCAAGUACAUGAAUGUGGGAAGUGAUACACAACUGCGCCAAUUACUUUUUGGUGGUGUUCCGAACAGUAAGGAUCCUCUCCUUACUCUUCCAGAAGAUAAAACAUUCAAAGUUCCAAAUGUUGAUAAAGUGAUUGAAGAAGGCAAGAAGACUCCCACAAAAUAUCGCAACAUUAAGUUAUGUAGCAUUGGAGUUGAUCUGCCUAUUGAGACAUAUACCGCAAGUGGUUGGCCUUCAGUCAGUGGAGUUGCUUUGAAGGCCUUGGCUGGGAAGAUUUCUGAUGCUGUUAGCGAUGCCAAUGAUGCUGCUGGCUUGCAGUUAGAUGAUGCUGUCUUGGAUGAUUCUGGGACAAUGACAGAUGAAGAUUCAAAUUCCGAAGGGUCCUAUGUUGAGAAUAAAGUAGAAUCUGAGUAUGUAGCAGGUUUGCGUAGGUUUCAAACACCAGAAGAAGGGAUUGAGGCCUGUCAUGCUAUUGCUUCUUUAUGUGAAGUUUGCUCUAUUGAUUCUUUGAUAUCCAACUUCAUCCUCCCCCUGCAGAGCAGCGACAUAUCAGGCAAGGGUGGGCGUGUUCACUGUUCUCUGAAUAUCAAUACAGAAACCGGGCGCUUAUCAGCUAGGAGACCAAAUUUGCAGAAUCAGCCUGCUUUGGAGAAAGACCGGUAUAAGAUCCGUCAGGCAUUUAUAGCUGCACCUGGGAAUUCACUUAUUGUUGCUGAUUAUGGGCAACUGGAACUUAGGAUUCUUGCACAUCUUGCCAACUGUAAGAGCAUGUUGGAUGCCUUUAAAGCUGGUGGAGAUUUCCAUUCAAGGACAGCUAUGAACAUGUAUCCGCAUAUUCGUGAGGCCAUUGAGAAAAAGCAAGUGCUUCUUGAGUGGUAUCCUCAACCUGGUGAAAACAAACCCCCCGUUCCAUUACUUAAGGAUGCCUUUGCUUCUGAAAGAAGAAAAGCUAAAAUGCUUAACUUUUCUAUUGCUUAUGGAAAGACUCCUGUGGGGCUUUCCAGGGAUUGGAAGGUUUCUGUGGCGGAAGCAAAGGAAACUGUUAAUCUCUGGUAUAAAGAAAGAAAAGAAGUGCUUAAAUGGCAACAAGCUCGUAAGAAAGAAGCCAGAGAAAAUGGACGUGUUUACACAUUGCUGGGACGGGCUCGUGUCUUUCCUUCAUUGACUGAUGCUAGCUCUUCUCUAAGAGGUCAUGUUGAGCGGGCUGCUAUCAAUACCCCAGUGCAGGGUAGUGCUGCAGAUGUUGCUAUGUGCGCUAUGCUAGAAAUAUCAAAGAACACACGUCUGCAGGAACUUGGAUGGAAGCUGCUUUUACAGGUUCAUGAUGAAGUGAUCCUGGAAGGACCAACUGAGUCAGCUGAGGUUGCCAAGGCAAUAGUUGUUGGGUGCAUGUCUAAACCCUUUGGUGGCAAGAAUUUUCUUAAUGUGGACCUGGCUGUUGAUUCAAAGUGUGCUCAAAACUGGUAUGCUGCUAAAUAGGUAUAUGGCUCCAUUGCCACAAUUGGAUGUCGACAUGGGCUGAAAUCUCAUUUGAGGUUUCUCCUACCUUGAGAAUGGAGUUAUAUUCUCGCACCGUCCACAUUGUCUAUGUCGAGGCAAAUUCCAUCCUUGAGGCUAUUUUGCUCUGGGAGCCAUUCUCGAUACAGCAACCUUGAUAUCAAAUUGUUGCACUUGAUGAUGUAGCUGUACUGUUUUGGCCAUGAAUAGGCAAGGGAGUUUGCUGCCCUGCUUUGAUGGUCUUCUAAUCUCAUAUCCAUGGUGAGGACAUGUACGGACGCCCUCUGCAUAUUGAUGUUAUUUUAUGCAACUGUUUCCUGUAAAUUUUCUGGUGAGUUUGGGAGUUGGCGCCAUGCAAUUGUAUCAAGAAGCAUGUAAAAGAAAUUGUUCCUCAUUUUUUGCAAGAGUUUUGCUAGUUUUCAGCAAUUAAUGUGGCCAAUGACCCCUUACGCAUCGCAUUGUAAGUUCAAAACAUUCCAGUGUGAAACUCGAGUAAAUCCAUGUGAUCAUAUAUUUGUUUGAAAAA